AUGGAAACACCAGGCAAGAGGAAACGCACAACUUUAGAUUACGAAAAAAAACAAAUAAUUGUGCAAUAUUCUAAGUUGCACCCAAAAUCGAGCCAGCAGGAAUUGGCAAACCAUUUCACCGCUCUUUGGAAUAUUGAUGUAAAAAGACGGACAGUUGGUGAGAUUCUGACAAAGUCAAGUCAAUUUGAAAAUGUCGACUGUGAAGGUACACCGCCGAGAAAACGUCAUAGAAGUGCUCAUUAUGCUGAUAUGGAAUCAGCUUUAUUUAUGUGGUUUUCUAAUGCGAGGGCACAAAACAUACCAAUUUCUGUAGAAAUACUAAAAACUAAGGCUAAACAAUUUGGAACAGAAAUGGGUAUUACUGGAUUUUCUUAUUCAAACGGUUGGCUAUCGAGGUUCAAGAUGCGUCAUGGGAUUUCCUCACAAAUCAUUUCUGGGGAAAGUGCUGGUGUUGACCCUCAAUUAAUUUCAGAUGGUAGACAAAAAGCUGCAAGUGUUAUUAAAAAUUAUGAAUUAAAAAAUGUGUUCAAUAUUGACGAAACUGGUUUAUUUUAUCGUCUCCUUCCGGAUAGAUCAUUAACGACUGCAGAUGCGACAAAAGGUGUGAAAAAAAUUAAAGAUAGAAUAACUAUCGCGCUUUGCUGCAAUGCCGAUGGCAGUGAAAAAUUAAAACCAUUUGUUAUUGGAAAGGCGGGAAAUCCUCGUUGUUUUAAAAAUUUCAAUGUUGGACUUUACUGUGACUAUGUACAUAAUAAAAAAGCUUGGAUGACAUCAGUAAUUUUUUCCGAUUGGCUUCAAAAAUUCAACAGUAAAAUGAGACGACAAAACCGCGAAGUCUUGCUUAUAAUGGAUAAUGCACCCAGUCAUAUUAUCCCAGCCCUUUCAAAUGUGAAAAUUCAUUUUCUUCCUCCAACAACAACCAGUCACCUACAACCGCUUGAUUCAGGAAUUAUACAGAGUUUUAAAAAACAUUACAGAAAACAACAGUUGUCUCACUUGAUAAAGUGUAUCGAUCGAAGGGAAACACCGUCCCUAUUUUUAGACUCUGCUAUUCGAUACGUGAAAAUUGCUUGGGAUUCCGUAACCAGUGAGACUAUUAUUAAUUGUUGGACUCAUAGUGGGUUGAUCAAGAAACCUGAAGGAAUAACAGAAUCUGACGACAGUACUCAGGGUACUAGCGAACUUGAAAAUAUGUUACAACGGGUUCAGGAGGAUUUAGAAAUGGACCCAGACAUGAGACUUACUAUUCAACAAUUCAUCGAUUCAGAUCGUGACGCCAACCCGACCGAAGUUUUAACUGACUCUGAAAUUCUGGAGACAGUAAAAAAACCUACUUCCGAAUCAGAAUCUGACGACAGUGACAAUGAACCUAAAAAUAUUUAUAUACCGUCAAUGUCAGAAGCUAAAACUGGUAUCGACAACAUUCUUAAGUUCUUGGAGCAUGACGAGAGAACGACAGAACAAGAAAUUAAUAAGUGUUUGAGUAUUCAGACAUAUUUAUUUCAACUGAGUCAAAACUCUAGCAAACAAAGAACAAUUAGUGACUUUUUCAAAAAGAAAUGA